UCCUUCCCUGCUUGUCUUAAUAAAAUCUUGUUUCUUAUUUUCACGUUGUUCUGUUUUCUUGAAAUUUAAGACAUCAAGCUGAAGAUGUCAAAUUCAGAGCAUACACCACCGAAGAAGGACGUAGAAUCGCCGGCGAAUGACAAUACAACACCGGCGGCGGAGACAGGAACGGGGUUUGGUGUGGCGCCGAUUACAAGGAGAUGGAGAAGAGAGGACAUGUUAAAGAGAGGGUCAUUAGCAUUGAGAGGAUUGGCUUUGUUAUUUUCUUUGCUUGCUUUUAUCAUCAUGGCCAGUAACAAACAUGGAGAUUGGAAGGAUUUUGAUAAAUAUGAAGAGUACAGGUAUUUGUUGGCAAUAGCAAUACUUUCGACUUUUUAUACGGCCGGGCAAGUGUUAAGACAUGUUCAAGAGCUUUCGACUGGGAAACAAAUGUUAGAAAAGAGGACUUCUGCCAUGGUUGAUUUCUUUGGGGAUCAGAUUGUGGCCUACCUGUUGGUAUCUUCAGCUUCUUCAGCAGUUCCCUUGACAAACAGGAUGAGAGAAGGAGCGGAUAACAUAUUUACUGAUUCCUCAGCAGCAGCCAUUAGUAUGGGGUUCUUCGCGUUCAUAACAUUGGCAUUAUCAGCUCUUAUUUCAGGAUAUAAACUAUCAACUCAAUCUUACAUUUAAAUUUCUGUCUUUCGGUGAGUCUAAGUAGUUGCUGUCUUGUACCCAACCGGGACAUUAAAAUGGUUGGUUAGGACCUACACGACAAUUGGGGUGACUUUGGUUCAUCAACAACUGCGUGGAGCCACUCUCCUAGCACGACGCCCUUGCUCUCGGGUUAUGAGCAGCACAACAGUGACUCUACUUCUGGUGUGUGAUUCUUUGUAUAUGUUGAUUGUUUCAUCUGUCAUCCACUUAAUAUACUGUACACAAAUUUCCGUGUUGAAUAGAAAGCACUGUGCACAAAAGCCCUUGCUUUGACUGCAAUUUGGCAUUGAAUAUAUUCAAAACAAGAGAGGAAUCUGUCAAA